GGAUGCGCGCAUGUGACGGGCACUGGACGUUUCCAUUUGUACCAGUCGCGCAGGGAGCUGGCUUUCUCCAUCGGGAGCUGCGUUCUUAAAAAUCACCGGUGACUGACAUUUUUUGAACAUUACGCGCUUCGUCCGUCGCCUGCGGAUCAUCACAGCACCAUGCGAGCUGGAGAGACGCGCCCUGUGCCAUGCUGAACACCUCUCCGACCCUGCUGCUGGCUCUGACCGCGGUGGCCGGACUUCUCCAGCGAUGCCAAGGCUGGAGCGACGAGGAUCUCCUCCUGCCGCCCAUCAACUCCUCCAACAGGUUCAUGGCCAACCUGGAGGUGGACGUGCGCUUCUCCAAGAGGUCCGUGGAGGAGAGCGACGCCUCGCCCGACGCGUCUUCCCUGCAGACUUUGUCCCAGUGCAACGUGAGCGUCCAGAGACUCUUACCCACGUCUCUGGUGGCGCACUGGGACAGCAGCUUCGGCUUCCAGUGUGAUGUGAUCAUCUACACCACCAACAACCACGGAAGGGCUUUCUUCUCCGCGUCUUUCAACAGAGCCAUCUCACCUGUCGUCAUCGAACACCUGGGGGUCACCGGGGGUCAGCAGGAGUUGCGUCUGUGCGUGGGCUGUGGGCUGUCCAGGUACAGGAGGUUCGGUCAGGGCAGGUCCAGGGGCCAGCAGACCGGGGAUCAGGUCACUUUCUGCUGCGUGGAUUUCAGCCUGGAUGAGCUGAAGGGGGACAAAAGUUGGAGGCUGAACAGAAAACCUAUCGAGUCGACACUUGUGGCUUGUUUCAUGACUUUGGUGAUCAUUGUGUGGAGCGUUGCUGCUCUCAUAUGGCCAGUCCCGAUUAUUGCAGGAUUUCUGCCCAAUGGGAUGGAGCAGAGAAGACCCAGAUGACUGAACUGAUCUUUAUGACCUGGUAAAUAGCCUGUGCUGCCUAUACUAGAAUUGUAGCCAUUUAAACAGCUCACCUGAAUGAAUGAUGGGGAGGUUUUGGACAACUUUUUGAUGAUAUACUUUAGCUGUGGAUGUAUUUAAACCCUUAGACCUCCUCAUUAGGACAACCAAGGUAAUGUAUAAAGCAGGGGUGUUAAAGUCAUU